UUAGGUUAGAAUCGCUCUGUUGUAAAAAUGAAAACAAACCCUACACGCUUGCGUCAGACGUUAUCAAGCCGAUAUCCAUCCAUCUUCGAGUAGAUAUCUAUUCGAUAACUUAUGGAACCAAUAAACUUUAAACAGACGUUGAGAAACCCAACAGACGUGAUUUUGGUAGUUUAUGAGACUCAUAAGCUUAUGUAACCGAUAUGUUGGAGUUCUGAAACGGGGCAUGAGUGAGGCUGAACGGUAAUUUUCAGGGAUACAGAUGGCGGCGUUGAACUUCCAAACUGAAGACACUCCAAUGCAACUCCACAACUCCCUGUUUGAGACCAAUGGGAAGUGCGGCUACGUGAGCAAACCCCGGGUGAUGUGGGACAAGAGCCAUGUAAUGUACAGACGAUUCAACCCCUGGGAUAAGCAGUUCGAUGGAAUCCACUCUUCUCAGUUCAUCGUGAGCGUCCUCUCUGGCCAGUACGUUUGCCAAGCCAAUGUGAACGUUAGCGUCUAUGUGGAAGUGGAAAUUAUCGGCAUUCAAGUGGACUGCGCCAAGCAAAGAACUAAAGUGGUGCCGAAAAAUGCGCUCAACCCCAUUUGGAACGAGACGUUCCACUUCAGAGUCAUGUUCCAAGACCUCACUUUUGUGCGAUUCUCCGUCACCGAUUCUACCAACAAUCAUCUACUGUCCCAAAGGAUUAUUCCGCUGCGCUGUUUGAGGCCUGGGUAUAGGCAUAUGAGGUUGAAAAACGCCCAAAACCGCGACCUAAACAUGUCCACACUCUUCAUAUACUCCCGAAUCGAGGAGGAAAGUUUGGAGAACACCGAAAACCGCGAGGACCCUCAAACGGAGAGCGACUCCAAGGAAUCUGAUAGUCUUGUUGCUGCAGUUGGCACGCCGAUUUGCGGAAAACGAAAAAUGUUCUUCCUGGUAGUGUAUGGGGUGUUGCCCGAUGAAGAGUACACCAUUUUGAAGAUCAUCCAGGAGUCCACAACGCUGGAUGUGCUCACGUUGUGUCUUCAAAGGAGCAAUACGCCCCUGGAGAAGCUGAACGACUACAUUCUAGUUGAAGAAGUACCCAGAAGUAAGGGAAUUUUGAAAGUUUAGUUUACA